CGAGGAACUCGCAGGGCCCACGAACGACGAGGGAGAACCGUGCACCGCCGAGUCGCCGAGGUCCCACCCACGACAUGGCCAAGAACGUAGGGGAGAGUCGGAUACCUGUUCCACGGCCAGCUCGUCCGUCGUUCUUCCCGAAAUCGAGAGUACUCGAGGCGUCGAGGCUCUUGUCGGGAGGUCGCCGAUCUACCAUCUUCUCGGGUUGCUUUCAGUUCGUUAACACCGAGGACGAGCCCGCCACUCCGAGAGAGAAGUUCGCGGGAUUCGUGUCGUCAACGCCUACUAUCAAGAGCGAUACGACGGAUCAGACAUUCACGAUAUCACCCGUGUGGGACAUAGACAAGAACGAUGUGCAGCAAUUGGUGCAGCUCAGCGAAGAGAAGAGCAGCCUGUUCAGGCUACUCGAGGAUUCUCAGCUGAGCAUGAUCGAGGAUGUCGGCGAUAGCUGCCUCGUAGAGACCAGCUUAGGCAAUUACAAUGAUGCGAACGCGACGCCGCAUUAUUUGAUGCUCAACAAACAGAACUCAUUCGAGCACGACGAAAGCUUAGGCAUCCUGACCCCCGACCAGAUGACUGAUUUCACGGUCGCGCUGGAGUGCUCCAGGACACCAUCCUGCGAGAAUCUCACCGGCUCGGCCGGCUCGAAAGUAGCGUUGACGCGAGCGUCCGCUUCAAGACCACUGGCGGAGGAGGGUUGCAGCGAGAGGACGCCUUCCCCGGAGGAACUGCCGCUCGACCCGAAACCGGUGGAACCGAUCAGAGGUAACACAGUGCCCGUGAGCUUCGUCACGUCGGUCACCAGCAUCACGAGUCUCGAGGCGGGCUACCAAGGCGACGGCGAGAACUCGAGGCCGGCCAGCCGCGGUGCGGAUCCGCCGUCCAUAGUGCCGCCGGUGAAUCUUCCCGCCCCGUGCAGGCAAGAUCCGAUGACCGACUCGGACUUCUUCACGGAGAGCGACGCCGACGCCCACGAGGAGAUAGUGCGGGGCGACAGGAAAGCCCAAGUGAUCGACGGUACGCUGUUCUGCGCCCCGGGCGAACGCAGAUGCCCGAGCUUCACCGGCGAGGAGAUGGACUCGAGUGGCAUUUACUCGGACCUGGACAAGCUUCAGGCGCCCGAACAGGCGCCGGAGGAGAACGACGAUCACACGCCCGACACCGGCGACACCGAGCUCUCGCAGAGAAGCCAGCCGUCGCCGGUAGCCGCGAACGUCAUCAUGGAUUAUCUGCAGAACCCUAUCAAGACUUCGGACGAGACAAAAGGCUUGAAUGACACGACGAAUUCCGCCGAGGUACCGGCGAUCAAGACGGUCGAAAAUAACGAGAACAUCCGACCUAAAACACCAAGCAAGGCUGAUUCGAUGCCUUUGAAGAAGUAUAAGAUGCCAAAGAAGAACGUCGUCUCGAAGAUCAAAGCGAUGAUCGAGUCGUCUGCGAAGGACGACGCGGAGAAAGAAGCGAGACGCUCCCAAAGAUCGGCUAGGAAAGGCGGCCGUUGGGACGCGGUCAUGAACAAGAUCGAAGCUGGCAAGAACGAGCAGAGAACGAGGUCAGCCAGGAAGGAAGUCAAGUCGAGGGUGCUGCAGAAUCUGGCACUGUCGCCUUCUACGAGGCCGACGUUAAAGAAAGCCGGCGACUCGAAUAAUUACAACAACAACAACAAGGACAAACGGAGGAUGCGUGGCUGGCAAGAGAUGAAAUCGCCGACACAGGAGACCGCAAGGAGUUCCGUGCGCAGUUCCAUGAGCGACCUCAGCAGUGGCCCGAGCAAGGAUAUGCCAAAGAGAUCACCGACGUCCGCGAACCCGCCCAGAAGAUUCGUCUCGAACAGCCAUGCCAAUCACCAGGUCCGUUUGAAUAAUUUCGACGCGAAAAAGAACUGCAUCGACGUGACGCCGGUCGUACUCGAGAAGAGCCCGCCGUCAGCGCGAAAGCCGGCGAUAACAAGGAGAUUAACGGCUAACGCACCCGUGAAACAGAAAUCCUCCACGCCGUCGAUAAAAGAUCGCGAGUCCAAGGAAGCUCACCACAACAUCAACUAUGCGCCGGCGAGGACGUCACCGGAGACGCGGGACCAGGCCGCGCAAACCACCGUGCCCUACGAGGCCUCCCGCGCUCAGCAAUUGGAGCGAACCGCGCAGGCCCUCGCGGUGACAGUGCAGUACAUGACGUGUGAGCUGGACGCAUUCGCAACCCCGAAGCUGAAGAGAGACUUCGAGCAACUGAAGGCCGAUUACGAGAAGAUGAGGAACGAACGGUCCGCCGUGCUUUCGGAAAUCGACGAUCUGCGCGUGAGAUACGUCAGCAUCGAGGAGAGACUCGAGGCGGAGAGGGAGAAUCACCGUAAAGCUCUGGACGAACUUCGCGACGAUCUGGAGGCUCGCAGGGCGGAACAAGUCGCCGUGCUGGUCGAGACCCUGAAGGAGGAGAGGCGCAAGUACGACGUGCGGCUGAACGACGCUACGAAGGAGCAUCGCGCGACGAUCGCGCGACUGCGCGCCGAGCGGGACAGCGAACUGGCGCGCAAGGACGCCGAGGCUAUGAGGCGGUCCGUCGUCCACGACCAGGGUGCCGUGCUGAGGGCGGAGAUCGAGUCCCUGCGAUCCGUGCUCGAGCUGAGGAGCCAGGAGAACGCGGCGCUCAGGUCGGAGCUGGACAGCUUCAAGCGCGACAUCGAGGACAAAGACGCGCUGCAGCUGCGGCUCGACACCGUGGAGGCGAGGUGCGAGGACCUGAAGGCCCAGCUCCAGUGCAAGGACAACUUCGAGCGGCAGGUGUCGCACGAGAACGAGAUGCUGCACGAGUCGAUCCACCAGAUCUCGAAGCAGAACAAGCGAUUGGCGCAACGCAACGAGGAGCUGCAAUGGAGGCUGCGCCAGAAGAACGAGUGGGUGAGCGUUCUCGCGAACCAGCUGGCGGGCCCGCGACUCUCCCGAUCCGCGGGCCCGGAGCACACCGAGCACACUCUCUCCCCCGACAAGAGCGACCCGCACUCGUCGUCAUCUUCGUCGUCAAUGGUGAAGUUCAUGGUCGAGAAGAGCGACUCGGUCUCUUGGACCUUGGAGAUCGACGACGAGUCGUCGUCGAAGGGCGGCGCGGCUUCCUCCGACUCGCUUAGCAGGCUACCGAAAGUCAGCAGGUCCGAGAGCGGCGCGACGGUAUCGAGGCAAGGCUCGCUGAGACUUACACCGAAACGCUCCCCCGACGCGGACACCAGCAGAGCGAGGUCGAAGAGCAUCUCUGUGACGGACGCGGCGCGGGUCGAGGAGAACGCGUGGUCACCGUCGUUCAACUCAACGCCGGUCACCCGACGACGAGUUCCCAGGAACAACGACGCCUCGCCCUCUUCCUCCUCCUCGUCCUCCUCGUCAUCCUCCGCGUCGUCCUCGGCGCCGGGCGCGAACCCCACCGUAGCGGCCGCGGUCGCGGCCGCCGCGGUGGCCGCCGCGGCCGCGGAAGACUGCACCGUCGGCCAGAACCAGCCCCAGGAGGCUGGCGGGGAGGCGAUGAUCUCCGAGGAGACGUCCGCGUCCAGCAGCGAGGACGAGUCGUCCACCGGCAGCGACAUACCGCGUCUGCCGAUGCAGUUCGCCUGGGGCAAGCCGAUCAAGUAACGCUCGAGUGAGCCGCGUCUCACCUCCGCCGCCGCCACCCGCCUACGCGUUCGUUCUGUUGCGUGCAGUGCCGCUGUUUGCGUCGUGGAGCAGUAAGAAAAGGAAAAGAAACGGCCAUUUGUCCUCGCUCUUGCCUAUUACCCGGCGGAAGGAUAUGACGUUCCUCCAUCGAAAGAGAAAGAGAGAGAGAAGAGUCGUCGUGAGAUCCUCGUUGCACGCGUGAUCAUUCCCUCUAUUCCUGUUCCCGUACAGGACAGGUUGCGUUUCACUGUGUAACGUCGGCACACCUUGUUUAUUAUUUUUCCAAUUGAUAUACAUAUUAUAUAAAUAUAAAUAAAUAAAUAUAUAUAUAUAUAUAUAUUUAUAUAAUAUAUAUAUAUAUAUAUAUAUAUACAUGCAUACAUAUAUACUUGUUCGAGAAAGCUCGCGUGUCAUGAGCGCCGUGAGAGUUUUGGUUUUAAUCGAGCGGCACCGCGCGUCUAACGAUACGCAAAGCAAUUCCGGGAAUGUAAUGUUGUGUGAGUUUAGUGCAAGAGAGAGAGAGAGAAAGAGAGAGAAGAUGUACGCGCGAAUGAAUUCCACGAGACGUAUUUUAACGUUACGACUGUAUAAACUAGACUUAGUACGAUUGUUUCCGUGUCUUCUUUCUUUUUUCUCUUCUUCCUUCCCUCUUUCGAUUUAGAGAGGUUUUAUUACCUUGCUGCACGUUUUACAUCGCGAUUUCAUUCGGCGCAGCGAUCGAUCGAAACGAUCGUGGAUUUCAGUUGGCCAUCACCUUUGGGAUUCACGUUUUUCCUCGUGUAAUAAUUUCUCGAUAUACGUACAACGAAACUUGCUUCGUUUGCUGUAUCGCAAAGGCGCGACCGUGCCUUUCUCUCUCCGGGCUUUUCCUCGCCUGCCUAAGAGCAAGAACCUAGAGGUGUAAAGUCGCGUAGCACUUCAUUUUCGUCUUUCUAAACUGCGGCGCAGGCAUCGGGAGGGUGAAAACAUUAACAUUUUUAUUAACGACUAAUAUUAGGAGCCUCCGGGGAAUUUUCGAACACUCAAAUGAGCGAGUUUCGCAAGCGUUGCUCUACUUGUCUGCUUCUUGUUUCCUUCUCUCGGUACAAAUACCUGGUAAUAUCGCGGCAGCUGAUACAAGAACACGAUGACAAUGACUGUCGCUCCGUUUGCGAUCACAUUUUGUAUUAUCUUUAAGGAGUUCUUCUCUCUUCUUCGAAUAAUACACACACAUACACACACACCGUCUUUUGUUCCAAAUUCGUUACGCUUAUUUAUACGGAUUUGAAUGAAUUGUGUAAUUUUACCAAAUGCGGAGAGGGAGAUCACGCACCGCAUUUGUAGGGUUUUCUUCUUUCUUCCUUUGUAUGUGUGUAUGUGUGUGUUACGACGCGAAUAUUGCGCGGGUCAUCUAUCCGGAACACAGCAGAACAGUGAAUACCAUUUAGCGACUAACUACCAGCACGUUGCGACGAGUGUUAAUUUCACACACAGUCCGUUCCAUAGAAGACAAGGUAGUUUAGAUUUAAAGGAAAGAAACGUCGCGCCGAUAUAAAAGGUACCAAGUAUUAUUCUCACUGAGAAAGUACGUUUCUUUUUCUCAUGUGUGCUGAUAAAAGUAAAAAAAAUCGAUGUAUUAUAUAUAUACUUCUUCGAAAUAAAUAAUAUAAGUAUAAUAUGAAUUGUAGCGACUUUUGAGAGAGAGAGAGAGAGAUCUGAAUUGUAGCAAUUUGAAAGAUUUCCGUUCGUCUACUCGCCGACCGUUAUGAUUGUUCCCCGUCGAGUCAAGAGCUCAUACUUCAAGUAUCUCGGCUAAAUUGAUUAUCCAUAAUUUCUAAAUUCCACUCGAAAUUCGAUAUUCAAUUUAACAACAAAGAAGAAACAAAGGAAAUAAGAUUUAUUAACACUUUAACUGCCACGCUGAAAUCACAUGUUUCGCUCAGGACGCCACGGGAAUAUUUUUAUUAUUCAAAGUAUAUAAUGGCAAAAAAAUAAUAAAUUGAUAUAAGACAACAUUCUUAAUGGAUAAGAUAGAGCGUUUAUCUUAUUGGUGGUCACGGGUGACCACCGUGGCGCCUUGGUAACAGUUGUUAGCAACAAAUUAAAACAAGGCUUCGUUUAUUUCAACAAACUAUUCGCAUUCGUUAUUCCGUCGUAAGCGAAACGUCCAGAAUAUAUUGGUGAAACGUGUAGAAGAUAUUAGUAAACAGUAUUUGCUCAUUCUAUAUAUAAUAUUAAGGUAUGUGCACACUUCUAACUUCAAUUAUAUGAUUAUAAAGUAGCAUUUACGAUUAUUUUCUGAGGUGUGUUUAUAAUAAUAUUCGUAGAUUACCCCUCAAAGAUAUUUAUGUUUAAAGUGUUUUAACACAGUGCACCGUUAGAUGCAAGAUUUGUUCUAAUAUUUUUUUUUAUUGAUGUUCUAAUAAAAAUUUUUAAUUGUUCAAUGGGGCACUUUUUAUUUCAAAGUAUCUUCUAUUUAUCGGUUAUAUUCAAAAUGCGCUGUCAAUUUUCAUUCAAUUUUUACAAUUGUAAAAAGUUCAAGCGCUCCGGUCACCAAUGACCAUCGUGGCGUCACAGGGGAAACCGUGGCCGGUCAUAUAUGACCAACGUGGCAACGAUCGUCUCGCUCGGGACCGAUCGACCGAAACGAUCGUGACGACGAAGAGACGCACGUUGAGAUAUUACGAGAGAGAGUUUUAUCGAGAUCCUUUUAUCCGGUUGGAGUAUGAGAUCGCAGAACUUUUGGAUUGCGGCGUCAUUUGAUUCGACUAAUUCAAAUCAAAGGGAAAUAUAUUAUGAUCACUGUUAUAAUUAUUAUGAAUUAGAUUACUUGUUGGUUACACAUCUGUGAUGUCCUCUUUGUUUGAACAUUAAUAAAGCGUUUUAUCAAGUGA